AUGUCUGAAGAAGACGUGGACGAUGAAAUCGGCCUUAAGCCCGUCUGAUUGAACUUCCACGUUCUUUCAAAAAUUGAUGAAUUGUAGGGAGUGAUUGUGGAAAGUUCAAAAGCCAAGUACACAAUAAUCAAACUUCUGGGAGAAGGGGGUUUUGGCGCCGUUUAUAAGUAGGAUAGAUUAUGAAAAAAAAGAAAGAUGCAUUUUUUUCAGGGUUCAUGAGACAAACAACAAAGAAAAAUGCUACGCCAUGAAGGUAGAACGAAAAAUGGAGGCAAGACGUCAUUCUAAGCUCAAAAUGGAAGUUUACAGACCGGAAAUAGUUGUAGAUUAUCAAAAGAAAGUUUCAGAUAAUGAUCCUGAAAGUAGUGUCGGCGGAACGGAAACAGUCGCACUUCACGACGAUAGCCGACCGUGGGAAAAGAGAAAAGGAAGGAUUCUUUUUCUUGGUGAUGGAACUAGUCGGCAAGAGCCUGGCUGAUCUGAAGGGAGCCCGGCCAGAUAAGGUGUUUUCGCCGCCGACAGGCCUCGGCGUCGCUCAGCAGUGCCUUGAGGCCUGUGAAGACCUCCACAAGUACGGCUUCAUACAUCGUGAUCUGAAGCCGGCGAACUACGCCUGCGGCAUAAAGGAUAAACACAUCGUUAGUCUUUCCCCGAUGGAUCUCACUUCAGAGGUAAUACAGAUUUACAUACUUGACUUCGGAAUCGCUCGCAAAAUUUUGAACGAGAAGAAUGAGCUGAGAGCACCUCGGGAAUCGGUUCGAUUCAAGGUUAAUAUAAUAUGCUGACUUUCUUGAAAAGAUAUUCAAGGGAACUGUGAGGUUCGCUUCGUUGUCGUGUCACAGAAACGUCGAGCUCGGAUGGAAGGAUGACUGCGAGAGUUGGUUCUAUCUACUCAUCGACCUUCUUAAUCCUGGCGGUAUGCUUCUUUAUAGCGGUUCAAGGUUUUUUUUUUGGGUCUUCCUUGGAAGCGUAUGAACGACAAAAAUGAGGUGCAAAAAAUAAAAGAAGACUGCCGCACGACUAAAAGAGUAACGCAACAGCUUUGAUGACUUUCAAAACAUGAUUAUCAGGAUACGUUGUUGGGAGCUCUGAAAUGUAAAGAAGAAUUAGGGAAAAUCAUUGACUAUUUUGACUCGCUUAAUUAUCCUGAUCGAGUCGACUAUCACUACAUCUACAAGCUUCUAGAAGAGGUUCGUCACCCAAAAUAUUAAAAAACUCUUCUUUUUCCAGGGAGCAGUCAAUUGCGGAGGAUCCGUGUCCGCUCCGUAUGAUUGGGAGUGA